CGCGGCUAAACUUACCGCUAUUUCCUCAAAAUUUGAACCAAUUGCCGCCUAAACCCUAUCCCCUCAAAUUGCCCUUAGUGUAUCUGCUCACUUCAGAUCCAAAUCCAAACCCAAACCGCUCCCUUAAUUUCCUCUUCGAAUCCGGACAUCUGGAAGAUGGAUAGCGACGACGAUUAUCAGUCCUUCUCACUGCCGAAGGAGCCCUCGCCGCAAGUCCACCAUCGGCGGCUCAAGCGCUUGAAGAAAUCCAAUUCAAAACCCUUGAAGGAUCUGUUGCCCGACCCGAUCGAUGACCCUCUUUUGUUUCCACAAGUUGAUUUCGCUAGACUGGAAGCCUUGGAGAAUGAUUCGGAGUUCCCAGAGUUUAAUGACUUAAAUUCGAGUGAAGAACUAGUUUUAUCUCAAGAAUCACUGUCUCUUGGCAUUCGUAAUGAGAAUGAGACGGAGAACGAGGAAAAAAUGGAAUGUCGGUCCGAUGUGGAGGUUAAGAAAACUAAGAGGAUGUUGGAGUUUGAUGGUGAUGCGGCUGAAGUUCAUGGGAAUGGAAGGGCAGUUGAAGAAGCCAGCGUAGGUUUUGAGCAGGGAGAGAACGAGAAGGAAAGAUUUGGUGAAGAGGAUUUGUUUGAGGAAAAGGAAGAUGAUAAGAAGAAGAAGGAAGAUGAGAAGAAGAAGAAAAGGAGAGUCAAGAGUGAUAGUGGUGAGUUGAAAGCCAACGUACGAGGUUCUAAUAAAAGGAGAGAGGAGAAGGAAAGAAAGGCGUACCUAAAGGAACUUCAUGCUGAAUCUCAGAGAGUAUUACGGGAAACUAGAGAUGCAUCAUUUAAACCCAUGCCAGUGGUGCAGAAGCCUAUUUCAUCAGUUCUUGAGAAAAUUCGGAAGCGAAAGCUUGAAAUCUCAAGAAAAAUGAUGGUUGUAAAUGACAGGAGUUAUGGUUAUGAGGAGAACAGCCGGCCAAGUGACAAGAUGUUGGUCCUUGAUGUCUCUAUUGAAGAGAGGGGGGAAGAGAAUGUGGAGAUAAUAGUGGAAAAGGAGACAAUUGCUCCUUUAGAUGGAGACAUUAGUUUAGCUGCUUCUGGCUCGAAUGAAUUCAAAGAUGCUGCCAAGCAGACUAUCCAUGCAAAUGAUCAAAAUCAAGUGUCACCAAAUGAAGAACCUAUAUCUGCAUUUCCAGCAGCAGCGCCAGUGCAUACUCAGGAUCUUGAACCAAAUAGUGCUAAAUCUGAACAGACUGAUGAACAACUGAAGAGUCCUUCAGAUGAAGAUUUUGCUCCAUAUUCACUUGCUAUGGACCUGCAGUUUGAUUCUGUUUCUGUGGGUGACAGUUCGUCAGAUGAGGAGGACAAUGAUAAAGAGAAUGUUGAUCCUCAUCCUCUUGGAAUUGCUGAUGGUAACUCUUCUCCAAAAGGUGAUCCUGUAAAGGAUUUUGUUGAUGAUGAAGCUGAGGAAGAAGAUGACAGUGAUAACGAUCUUCGCUUCCAAGACAAUGAAGAAGAUGAGAAUAUUGAAGAUUUGGAGGAACUUAAUGAUAUUAUAGCAACUGAGUAUGAAGAAAGACCCACUGAUAAUGAAAGGCGCAAUGAACUUCAUCAGAAGUGGCUUGAGCAACAAGAUGCGGCAGGAACUGAUCAUUUAAUGCAGAGAUUGAAAUGUGGUUCGGUACUCAAAGACACAUUUUUGUCUGACAAGGAGCCUGAAAUUGAUGAUGAUGACGACGAAUUUGAUGAUGAAGCCAAAGAAGACUUUUUGCCACAGAAUUCUGCCCGAGUAAAUACUAGAAAAGCCAAGCAGAUAAUUCUACAGUUGCUUCCUGACAAAGAAGAUGCAUAUUUAUCUGAUGAUGAUGAUGACACACAAAGGCGACUUGCACAAUGUCUCCUUAUGAGAAAAGAAGAGCAGGCCACAUUAGUGUCACCUGCUGAUGAUGAAAGUUGCAGGGAAGUCUUUGGUCUUAUUAAGAAGCUGAAUAUUGUUUCUGACAAUAAGAGAAAACCGAAAGCAUUUUCAGCCUUUGACUCAGUACUUAAAGGGGGAAAUAACAAUAACUCUUCAAAGUCAUCUUUCCUUGGACGAGUAACGAAUCAUCAGAUUCCAUCAUCUCAUAAGCAAGGGUCGGGAACAUUUCGAUCUUUUAUUUUUGGAAGGGACGACAGUAACAGCCGGAGUUCCAUAUCAAUGUCUGAGGAUUCUUCAGAUACAGUAUCUAAAGAAAUUCGGCCCACCAGAGCUGUUACUGCAAAAUACAGCAAUACGCAGACCAAAAUGAGCAAUCAAACUACAGAUGCUGCUGCUGAAACAGUAUCCAGAACUUCAUUGCUGGAGAUUUUGAAACGAUCGUCAGCACAAUCCCGACUCUGUAAUCAAGAAACUACGGUAGAUCUCACAAAGAGUAUUUUUGCUUUUCGCGCUCCAAAAAAGCCAACAAAGAUAGAAGGAAGGAGCUGACUCUCCAACUUGUCAAACCUCAAGCAGCUAAUUGGUCAAGGCGUUGAACAGGUACAGGAGAUGGAGAUGCCACUUCCAUUAAUGUGAUGCAAAUUAUUCAAGUUGAGAUAAUUUAGCUCAGUGUACAUUGUCUUGGAGAAGCAACAGCCUAGUCUCCAUCAGAUUCUCUCUCGGCUCCCACAUUGGGCCUAGUAUACGAGUUGCUGUUAUUUCAUUCUUCUUGUGCAGGACAUCAACACUCACCUCCGUCAGGUUAUGAUAUGUUAUUAUAUUUUGACUCCAUCAAUAGGCUUUUUGUGGGUCAAGAAUAUGCUUUAUACAAUCAACUUGAUGUCCUUGGUUCGAAUCGUCUAAUGCUGGUCCACUUGCGUCUGAUUCCUAAUUUUGAUUGCUUGUAGGCUUCGAGCAUUCGUACUACUACUACCUCUAUUAUUAUUAUUAUUUCAAACCU